AUGAGCGACCCGAAAGUUGAGUCUCUCUCGGAGCGCCUAGGUGACAUUCUAGCUGACGUGUCGCGCACGUCCGACUGGGCAGAAGAAGGUGAUGAUGCUUCCAAGAACGAGGGUCCCCUUCACGAAUCCAAAUACGAUGUCCAAGUCACUCUCGCCGAUCAGCAGGCUGAUCCCAACUCGCCGCUGUACUCGGUCAAGUCCUUUGACGACCUGGGCUUACACGAAGACCUCCUCAAGGGCAUUUAUGCGAUGAAGUACACGAAGCCGUCCAAAAUUCAGGAGCGUGCUUUGCCACUACUGCUGCAAAACCCGCCACGUAAUAUGAUCGGACAGUCGCAGUCUGGAACGGGCAAGACGGCGGCUUUUGUGCUGACUAUGCUAUCACGCAUCGACUUUAGCGAGGAAAAGACACAGGCUCUGGCUCUAGCGCCGUCGCGUGAGUUGGCUCGGCAAAUUAUGGAUGUGGUUCAAGAGAUGGGCAAAUUCACGCCGGUCAAGACAGCCUUUGCGAUUCCCGACUCCAUCAAACGUGGCCAAAAAGUCUCGGCGCACCUCGUGGUCGGUACGCCAGGCACCGUGUACGAAUUUCUACGGACGCGCAUGCUGGAUCCGGCGGGCAUCAAGGUAUUUGUGUUGGAUGAGGCCGACAAUAUGCUCGACCAGCAGGGUCUGGGCGAGCAGAGUUUCCGCGUCAGACUCUUGAUGCCCAAAACAUGUCAGCUGGUGCUGUUUAGCGCGACAUUCCCUGAGAGUGUGCACAAGUAUGCGACGAAGAUUGCGCCGAAUGCCAACGAAAUUCGGCUCAAGCAAGAAGAAUUGAGUGUGGAGAGCAUUCGCCAAUUUUACAUGAACUGCAAGUCGGAGGAGCACAAGUAUGAGGUGCUGGUGGAGUUGUACAAUCUCCUCACCAUCGGUCAGAGCAUCAUCUUUUGUGCGAAGCGCCACACAGCUGACAAGAUUGCGCAGCGCAUGACGGCCGAGGGGCACCGUGUUGAUUCGCUGCAUGGUAAGCUCGAUACAUCGGCGCGUGACCGCACGAUCGACGAUUUCCGGUCGGGUAAGUGCAAGGUGCUGAUUGCCACGAAUGUCAUUGCACGGGGCAUCGAUAUCCAACAGGUGACGCUCGUCAUCAACUACGACAUGCCUCUGACACAGAGUGGCGAGCCUGAUGCUGAUACGUACCUGCAUCGCGUCGGGCGCACAGGUCGCUUUGGCCGCAAGGGCGUGUCGAUCAACUUUGUACAUGACGAAAAAUCCAAGCAACAAAUGGAGGCGAUCGAGCGUGCGCUUCACUGCCGCAUUGUGCCGGUACAAACGGACGACCUCGAAGAGAUGGAAUCCACCAUCAAAGAGGCGCUCAAGAGCAGCCAAGGCUCCCAGUAG